AUGUCGGAUGGGAAGAAGACACCGGAGGAGAAGCCGAGUCGGAAGCGGCAGGGAUCGCAGCCGAUCGGAAUUCCGGGCGCUUCGGAUGACGGUGCUGGCGGCGGCGCUUCGUCGUCGAACAUGCCGCUUUGGGUUGCCGGCGGCUCGCCGGCGAAAUUUGUGAGCCAUGAGGAGAUACUGAAGAUGUCGACGGACAUGGAGAAUCUCGAGCUCAUUCACGAGAUUGCGAUCGAUCCGAAUUUCAAGAUUCCCGACAAGCCGGCGAAUCCGAUUCAGAUGUGUGUCAAGGAGAACAUGCACAAAGCUUAUUAUAAUUCGCUUCGAAAAGAUCUCGCAAAAAACCCGCCGGAGUAUGAGUUUUGCUUCAAUUUCCUCAUGGAACUAAAAAAUAUGAUCCUUGAGGAUAUUCUGACUCAGCAGCACGUUCGCCUGCGCGCUGAAAUCAACGCGAAUCUUGAUGAAGCCACUCUUCGCGACAAAUUGGAUCAGGACGCGCUUGAUAUUCAUGGCAUCAUGAAGUAUAUCAUUGAUCUACUAUCUCGGCUAUGCGCUCCUGAGCGCGACGAUCUCAUUGUGCAGUUGCGUCAAAAAACCGAUGUCAUCGAUAAGUUCCAAGGGACCAUGGAUCUUCUUGAGUUGAUGAAGAAUGAUUUGGCGAAUUAUGAGAUAUCGAAGAAUCGCGCGGCGAUUGAGGAAUUCAGCGAGAAACGCGAGUAUGAGAUGUUUCAGAAAUUCUUGGCGGAUAAUCCGAACGGGUGCGAUGAGACGAGAAAAUGGCUGACGAAUGCUUAUGACGAAUUGGCGGCGGCGAAGGCCGAAGAGCCGACGACGUCGGCGAAACGCGAGAAGAAGAAUGAGAUUGAGGAGACGGAUGAGAUUCUGAUUGAUACGACGAGCCGAGCUUAUGUUAAGCUGGUUCAAUCGGAGAAUCCUGAGCCGUUUCCGGAGACGAUGAAGCUUGACAAGAAUCGAAUGCAAGCGUUUGCUGAGAAGUAUUUGCAGAUGGCGAUUGUGGCCGCGUCGGUGAUGGUCACUUGCAAUUUGGCUGGAAAAGAGGUCUCGCAGGAGGCGGAUUUCAAGAAGACGCUCAAAGAGCACCUGAUUGCGAUUACGAAUCGCAUUGAUCAAGAAUCGUUGAACGAGGAUCUUGAGAAGAUUGGCGAGCAAUGUGUGAAGGAGGCGUCGGAGACGGCGAAAAAGCUGAAUGUUGCGUGGAGCGAUGAGAAUGCGUCGAUUUUGCGGAAGCAGAUCAUGAAUUUGGCGAAUCCCGAGUUUGAAGUUCGCAAAUUAGUUGAAAAACGAGUUGCCAUGUUCGUUGAAGCGAUGCUGAACAGCGUUGAGCGAUCGCAUCGACUUCAACCAGGUCUUUCUGUCAUUCAGCACGAGCUUUUCGCGUUCACCGCGAAAUUCAUACGGAUCUGCAUUCAUAAUAGGAAAACAUUCCAUGAUCUCUAUCAUAGCAUUAUAAUGGAAACGCGAGUUGACCGCGGCGAAACGGCCACUGAUCGUUCAAUGUGCCGAGAGGCGAGCCCGAGUGAGCCAGGACCGAGUACAUCGAAUUGA